AUGAGCGAGUUAUCGAGAGAACAGAUCCUUGAGGCAAAUAAGGGAUAUGUAGACACGACCAAUGCAUUGUUUACUCUGCACAUUUAUGAUUCAGACAAAAUUUCAAAACUUUGCGGCAAUAUUAAAUAUUACUUGAUUGAUAGAGGAAGUCUUACAGCAUCACAUAUUCUCAGACUGAUUUCAUGCGCAAGCAAGUUAAAUUGCAAAUACGCAAAGUCAUAUUGGGCCAUUUUUCAAACAAUUUAUCACGAUUAUCAACCAAAAGGUGCUAAAGGCAUUUACCCAAUUUACAACUAUUUAGCAUAUAAGAAAUAUGGAAUCCGCUUAGACAAGGACCCAUAUCAUAAAUUCUGGGAUUUUAAAUCAAUCAAACCUAUCAUUGAAGUUCAUAAAGAAAACACACUUUAUCGUGCUAUCAUGGACGAUGAUAUUCGCAGAGUAACAGAAAUUGCUGAAGCCGACGGAUUCGAUGAUAAGCAAAAAAUGGAAAAUCCUUUUUAUGAAUUCCUUGAAGGAUAUGAUUUGCUUACAAUGUGCAGUUAUCAUGGAUCAGUUCAGUGUUUUAUGUAUUUCAGAUCCAAAUUCCAUGCUGAAAUCACACCAGAAUGCUUUUACAUAGCAUUUUUGCGCGGACAACCUGAUAUUGUUAAAGAUUGUCUGGAAAACUUUCACAAAAAAGUUCCAUUUCUUUCAAUGAAUUUUGCAGUCAAGGCUCAUAACAAUAAAGCUAUUCCAUUUUUGCGUGAAAAGUACAAAUUUGAUAUUGAUGCAGAAGAUGCUGCCAUGUACGCUAAUCUUGAAGCAUUUUUGGAAGGCGUUGAACUAUACUUAGAUGAUUCCGAACAAAAGAGUUUCUUUUUCGUUUGUUCACCAUUAUUUGGUCUUCCAUCGGUUGUCGAAUAUGUUCUUGCGAAAGGUGUAGAUAUCAAUGCAAUUUGCUAUGAUGGAAAAACAGCGCUUCAUUCAGCUGCACAGUGUAAUAACACAGAAAUUGUCGAAUUCCUCAUAGCACAUGGAGCUAAUCUCAAUGCUUUAACUAAAGUAGUGAAUAAAGGUGAUACUGGCCAAACACCUCUUGAUGUUGCAAUUGAAUAUGGUAAUGAAGAAGUCAAACAAAUUCUUAAAGCCCAUGGUGGCAAAAAGGCCGUUGAUUGCAGAAUUUAA